AUGACUUUCAAUGAAGAGGUCUCGGAUGUCCAUUACUUUCAUGGCGCACUCCCGGACGAUGACGCCGACAAGAUGUUGGUCAAUGAAGGGGACUUUCUGAUCCAAUGCCGUCCUUCUCAAGACGGUCGUCUGAUCUUGGCUGUUCGAAAGAAGGAGGUCUUUCGAUUCCAUCUGGAUAGAAUCAAGAACAACGCGGUCCGCCUGAUGGUAAGCCCAUUUACUCGUAGUGUGGGUGUUUAUGUGAUAUGGAGCAACACCUCUGAAACCUGAUUUUUGAAAAUUUUUUGGUUACGGUAGUGUGGGACAAAACUCUAAAUAUCGGCCCCAUUGUCGUCAAACCAGGCCUUGAGAUUUACCCCGGCCUUUUCUAGGAGGCCCUUCAUGAUGAUGGUUUCCUUCAGAAUAAGCAAUUUCCCACCAUCAAAGACGCCGUUGCCCAUUUCCAGAAGAAUCAGCUGGAUCUGAAUGGAGACGGAGUCGUGCUUCGUCGUCCCGUGCCCAAAAGCAAAUGGUCCAUCACUCAUCGGGACGUGAGGAUGCGGUACAAGGUUAGUGAGACGAUUGUUCAUUAUGGUUCGACAUCAAACUUGAUUACACCUGAUGAUUUUGAUGUCGAGUGUAAUAUAAUUGUUAUUGUGAAAUAAUAUGGCAUGACUUCAGAUUGGAAGCGGGGCCUAUGGCACUGUGUAUCAGGGAUAUCUGACGAUUCGGGACAAGGGUCAGACCAGGAAGAUCAAGGUCGCCACAAAACGUCUGGAUUCGGUGGGAAAGGAUGAACAAGGUCUAAUUGAGAUGAUGAAAGAGGCACGAGUGAUGCAGAUGGUAAUUGUCGGAUGUUUUGGGUCUUUUACAAUUUUUUGAACGUGCUUUAUGUGAACUCUUUUCAGUAUGAGCACGUGAAUAUCGUCAAAUUCUAUGGGUUUGUGAUCGACAGGACUCCGUAUCUACUGGUCAUGGAGCUGUGUCAAGUGAGCUUGGACUCUAAAUUUUUCUUUAGCUUCGCAGAAGCUAGUAUUUACACGAGUAUCAGUAACUUCAAUACAUGAUUUUAGGAUGGAUCUGUGGAAGAUCUGCUGAGAAAAAAAGGAUCGGCCGUUUCCGUCGCCCGCCGAGUGGAUUUGGCCACUCAAGCGGCCAGAGGAAUGGAGUAUCUUCAUAUGAAGAGGUGCAUCCAUCGAGACAUUGCCACUCGCAACUGUCUCCUCAGCGGUGAUACUCUCAAGUUGGCGGAUUUUGGCAUGUGCAGAGCCACCAGCAUCUACAAGGUGGACCUCAGCAAGCCCCAAAAUGUCAGAUGGCUGGCGCCCGAGGUCUGGAGAACGGGAGAGACCAAAUUCUGCACUGAUGUGUACGCUUUCGGCAUCAUGAUCUGGGAACUCUUUGUGUGCCCAUAUCGUUCUCCGUAUUCCAGUUGGAAGGCGAUUACGGUAAAGGAGCAGGUCGUGAAUGGGUACAGAAUGAGCACCCCUGAUUUGAUGCCUGAUUCCAUGGCCACCAUCAUGAAACAGGCCUGGGCUCAUAAUCCAAACACCCGUCCGACUGCCGGUGAGCUCAGACAAAUGUUGGAGGACGUGAACAAGGUAAAGGAAGAUACUUUUCGUUAAUUUAGCGAGCCCAGUCUAGGAAAAUGCACAAAGAUGACAAGUGUUUUUCAGGAUUACAACUCCUCUAUGGACGCCUCAGCCAAUUCCGAGGAUACCAAAGAGGCCAACUUAACUCUGCGCACCGCCAAUAGCGUGGAAAACAGUGCCAAUUGCGCCACAGCCCGAACCCCUGCCAGAACACCGCCAAGAAGCGCUAGAAGAGGAUAA